AUGGGGGGAGCGAAUGCGCAGGGAAGAAGCUUAGAUAAGAGAAUACGUUCUCGCAUCGCUUUUUUUGUAGAAAGCUCGACCAGCGAGAAAAAGUGUUUGGCCGAAGCCAAAAAGAGGUUGACCCACUUCAUUCGCUUGGCGAAUGAUCUUCGCUUCGCGGGAACAACAAAAACCACCAUCUCGCUCUUUCCUUUCUUCGGUGCUACCUUUUUCUUUCCAAGGGAUAGAGUUGGGAUUUAUAAUAACCUUUUUUUUAGGAUGCCCGGGAACCACUCCUAG